AUGGCACAGCACGGCGAGCGAGUUGUUCCGAAAAAUGAGAUGAACCGCUUUAUGAUGGAUUGUUUGUGUAAAGUGGGUGCUGAGGAGAGCCAUGCGAAACAGUUAGCUGAGGUGUUGAUCGAAGGCGACUACCGCGGUCAUUUCAGUCAUGGAUUGAACAGACUUGAUAUGUACGUGCACGACUUCGAGAAGCACCUUUGCCGUCCAAGUGGCGAGCCGAUCAUUUUGAAGGAAAAAGCUGGAACAGCGUGGGUGGACGGGAAUAAUUUGCUCGGGCCGGUGGUGGGCAAUUUUUGCAUUGAUUUGGCGAUUAAAAAAGCGAAAGAGGCUGGCGUGGGAUGGGUGGUGGCUAAAGGCUCAAACCAUUUUGGCAUCGCCGGCUGGUACUCGAUGCGUGCGCUGAAAGAGGGAAUGAUGGGUCUUUCCUUUACAAACACUUCCCCGAUCAUGUUCCCGACACGAGCAGCGAAAGCGGCGUUGGGCACAAAUCCACUAUCGCUAGCAGCACCUGGAAACGGAUGCGACUCAUUCGUGCUGGAUAUGGCAACAACUACUGUAGCUGUUGGAAAGAUCGAGAUCGCCGCACGAAAAGAGAUGAAAGUGCCGGAGAGUUGGGGUGUUUCCGAGGGUGGAGCCACAUCAACCGAUCCCGAGAAAAUUCUUCGUGGCGGAGGAUUGCUGCCUGUUGGAGGAGCUGAAUUAUCGGGUGGUUACAAGGGUUACGGUAUGGCGGCAUUGGUCGAAAUUUUCUGCGGUAUUCUUGGUGGCGCCAAAUGGGGCCCAAAUGUGCGCAAAUGGAUGAGCGCAUCGGAGGAUGCGAAUCUUGGCCAAUGCUUUAUCGCUGUUGACCCAGAAGCGUUUGCACCAGGCUUCACCGAUCGAAUGCAAGAACUUAUGGACACUUUGAGGAGUUUACCCGAGGCUGAAGUCGGGAACUCGGUGGAAGUGGCUGGUGAUGUUGAGAGGAGACAUACAGUACUCUGCGAUCGUCUGGGUGGCAUUCCAUAUCAUCCAAAUCAGAUAAAAUUUGCGAAUGAUCUCGCUGAGCGUCUUGGUGUCGAAAAACCGAGAAUUUUAUCCGAAUUA